AUAUAUACAAUUAUUGAUUAUAGUAAUUCAUAUCAAUUAAGUAAUCAUUUAUUAAUUUAUAAUAUUAAUUAUUAAUGAAUUUUUAAUUAAUUUGUUUCAUGAGUGAUGUUGACAUCAUAUGUGUGAAUGAUGAUAUCAUCAUCAUUAACGCCAAUGCCAUGACUAAUCCCACCCAACAAUCAACUAUUAUGAGUCAUAGAAGCAGGAGGAGUCUUGAGGGAGUCACCAUCACGUAAUAAAAGCAAAAUGUUAUUAAUGUCAGUACUGUACUCCUUUGAAUAAUUUGUAGUACAUAAUAUCUAACAAACUGUGUGCUGCUCUGCUAUUUAAUAAAAAUGUAGAGCUAAUUGUACUUUGCUAAGGAUAUAUUUGUUUGAUUUAUGAAAAGUGUUAUUGGUGGAUAUAAAAUCCCAUUGAUAAAGUCUGCAAGUUGCACUUGGCUGGAGAGAGACAGGCUUUUUAAUUCCAAUUCCAGUAGAGCGUAUAAAUCAGUGUGCUAUCACUAGCCUAUUAUCAUUACGAGGAUUGUCUGAAAGCUCUGUGAUUCCUUGACCGGUGUUCAUCGAGUCAGCAUUGGUGAAUAGACACACCAUCGGUAAACCUGCUUUAUUCAUGGAUUUGUAAAUAGAGACAACAAUUUCUGUUGAACUUUGAACAUUUUGUUGCCUAAUUGUGAGACAAUUUGUACUAAUUUAUUAUUGAAGGAAAAAGUAGGUUUGGAUUUACUGUAAGUCAUUCUCUUUAAGUAUCGUCAUUUUUAAUGGAAUUGUAGUGCUCCUUGUUUUGGUAACAAUAUGGUGUGUGUACGAUAGAGCUGGCCGUAGUUUUGUCCAACUUCAGAAACGUGAAAAACAGACCAUGCGUCACAGAACAUCAAGUCGAGUUCAGAAACAGGAAUUGAGAUUAAGAAAGACUCAAGAACUAUAUGAACGUAAUUGGCAUAACAGAUGUCGGCUACUAUGUUGCUGCGCUGGUGUACGGGAUACGCAGGAGAAUGCUUUCGCAGAAGUGGCAGAGCUGUUCUCAGAGUUCUUCCGUGACCUGGAUAUUGUGCCGUCUGAUGUUUUUGCCGGCUUGUUAUUGCUUCGUGAAGAGCAGAAAAGGAAGAGAAAUGUGAUUAUUGCUAAUCCUCGUUGGCAUGUGAUGAAGUUCCUCUCGGGGAUUCCUAUCACGCCACAAACACGCUUUCUUGAUCUAGAAAAUGUUGAAGAGAAACAACUAUUUAAUGAUGCCAAAUACUACAUGAAGUAUGCCUCAGCAGCAUAUGGCUGGCCUGUCUACGCGCUGCUGAAUCCAACCACUGGCUUCUGCCAGUUAUGUCAAGGAUGUCGCUGCUGUUGUUGUCUUCCAUGUUUAAAGAAGAAGAGACCGGUGCCAUUGGAUGACGACAACUGUUGUCAUUGCAACUACGCUGCUCUAAAAAAAAUCAGCGGGUUGGACGACUCAAACAUCGUGUACACCACAUUUCAUUCCGCGGUUAGUAGAAUUCAACCAAUCACACACCAUGCCGGCUCGGUCGGCGAGCUUAGCAUGGAUAUGGAGGGCUUACGGUUAGUUGGUAGUGUCAGCAAUGGUGGGCAGCAGAACGCAGGUGGAGAACAGAACAGCGAAACGUCGCAAACCGUUGAACAGGCUGCUGAUUUUCCACCUGUUAUGUGUCUGGAAACAAGCAUGUCGUUUCAAGAGGUUAUGGAUGAAAGAUGCAUGGACGUAGAACCAGAGACUAAAGAAGCUUGUUGCUUAUUUUGUAUUAAAACAUCUAAUACUGAUACGACUAGUAUUUCGACGCACAACCAUCCCGUCAGUUGCUCCGCAAAGCUUGGUGCAACCUCAACAUCUAAGGUUUUGGAAACACCUUUCUUUGUUGCAAUUGACCAUGAAAUGCGUACGGUUGUGAUAGCUAUACGUGGAACAUUGUCAAUGCAAGAUUGCCUGACAGAUUGCCACGCCUCAAGCACUGCCAUUCCAGUUGAGGGUUGCUCCGAAAACUUCCAGGCUCACAAGGGAAUGGUUGAAGCUGCAUUGUAUAUUAAGAAGAAAUUGACUGAAGAACUAUUGCUCACAAAUGCAUUUAUGAGAGAUACUGUUCAUGGUUCAGCACAACAAUAUAAACUGGUGUUAGUUGGACACUCUUUAGGGGCUGGUACCGCAACUGUCUUAGCAAUUCUACUCAGACCUGACUACCCAGAAUUGAAGUGCUUUGCAUUCUCACCUCCUGGUGGACUCCUCAACAAAGAAGCAUUAGAGUACAGCAAGGAGUUUGUGUUGUCAGUGGUUGUUGGAAAAGACGUAGUGAUACGGAUCGGUCUUCCCCAAUUGGAGGUCUUGCGAAGUGAUCUUCUCAACUGUAUGACAAGAUGCAAAGACCCUAAGUGGAAGGUGAUAAUGAGCAGCCUAAUGUGCUGUUUAUCCAUCAAUCAUCGGAACUUGUCAGAUGAGACUGAGAAUGGUCCCAUUUCUCCUUGUAGUGCCAGCCUGGGACUCAAUCCACAAGGCUCUGCUUUUCCAUUCAGCGGUCGCACACCACUUUUCCCACCUGGAAAAAUCCUUCACCUUGUCCGCAAUAAUCCAAAACGAGAAGGGAUUUCAAGAAAAAAUUUAAGUUACUAUGGUGUUUGGCGGGAUAACUGUGAUUUUGAUGAAGUGUUGGUCUCACCUGUUAUGAUAAAUGAUCAUCUACCCAGUGAAGUCAUGUCCGCUUUCGAUAAGUGCCUCGAUUGUGCCAAGGUGCGAAGCUUUCCAAAAGAGUUCUUUCUUCAUCACCAAAGACAGAAACAAGAUAAUUCCUCGUCUUCACAACUCACCGCAAGUGUUCCUCAACUCCAACCUGUCCCUAAGCAUGCAUCAAGAACUUAUUUAGAACACAAUGCUAAUUAUGUCACAGAACUCACCAGAAACUCAUCACAAAAUAUUUCAAUGUCCACAACAUCGGAGUCUUCGACGUUGGUAAACGAACCAAUCUCAACUCCUGUGAAAUCACCUUUAUUGAAUGGAUUCUAUGAUCCACUGAAAAUGGCUCCUUUAGCGAGUACUGAAACGAUAGACAGUGUAUCAGAAACAAGCUCAAUCGCUACAUCAAUGGUGGCAGUGCGCCUCCGCAAUCCGCCUCGGCGGGAAACCGAUGAAGAUUUUAAACGAGGCAGUUGGUAUAAGGAAGGGUACUGUUAUUACGUAUCAGAUGCAGAAUCGCAAACAUGUUCCACACCGAGCAAUGCAACCCCAUUGCUUCAGCAUCGAAUGCAGACGCAAGCGAUCAUCGAAGGAAGUUUAAUGGAAAAUAAUAAUAAUUCAAUGAGGGCUGGUCCCUCACAUGUCCGUAAUGGAACCCCUUAUUAUGACCGCUUCUGUUAUUCUAAGCGACGUACAUCAAACUUACAGUGUUAUACCUUGACUUAUGAUGAUGAUAUGUCUAGCGACGACAAGCGAUCUCGACCAAAAAGUUUACCGAUAGCUAUGUUUGAAGAUAGCUAUAUCCACCCCUCAUCUCCAAGCUCCCCAGAGCCCAAAGUUGGAUUUGCAUAUACUAAAUAUUUCUCAGUCAACGGAAACUACGAUCCUUUAGCGAACACUUUCAGCCCCCUCCCCAGCAUGUCUUCCGACCAACAAAGCAGCAUAGAUAUGUCCUCAGAAGAAACAACGCCGGUCGUCGAGAGAUAUUUUGAUGCUUCGCCAAAGAAAUCUCUACAUCAAGAGGACGUUCUAGAAGUAAUACAGAAGGAAUCUAUCUGCUGACAUCUGCUCCAGAUGUAUCUAAUUUGCAUACCAAACUUAAUACGAACAAAUUAUUAUAUUAAUGCUAACAUUAUAAUAUUGAUAAUAACAUUAAAUACCUCCAUACUUGUAAUGAAACAUCUGGUCUCUUUCUAACUUGAUGCUUAAGUUGUUUACAAUGAACAUUUAUUCUAAGUUUAAUUACAACUCACUUACCUCCAACUCUUAUGUAUAUCUUGUCUUGAAUUAGUUAUUUGGUGGGUGUAAAAUAUAGAUGAUGUUUAUAAGACAAUCUAACAAAAAUAUUUUUGUGAUGUAGGACAGGAUAAAUUAUUCAUAAUCAAUAUUUGAACUGUAAAAUUUGUUCAUAUUUUAAUCUGAAAUGUAAAUAUGUAAAUUAUUAGUAAUUAAUUAUAUGAAAUAGGUAAAUUUUAGACAGAAAUUCAAAUCUCAAAUAUAUAUUGAUUUUAUUAUUAAUAGAUAUUUAUAUGUAUGAAAUUGAUGCGGAAUGAAAUAUUUAUGAAAUUGCUAUAAAGACUGGUCAAAUGUUUGUUAUUAAUGUUAUUGUUAUUUUUUAUUAUUGAAUACUCUCCCAGGGAGCAGUAUACAGGUAUAUGUGUUAAAUUCAACGACAGGUGUUAUGUGUAUAAAUGCCUUGGUGUUAUGUGCUAAAUAGGCCUUACAUUAUGACCAUUAUUAUUAUUGUUUUAACUAUGAUAUUGUUAAUGUUAUUGUUAGUAAAAUUAUUAAUAUUAUUAUCACCAUAUUAUCUUUCAGAGAUAGAAAUUAUUUUUCAGAAUAUUUCAUUAGAAAAGAGAAAGACAAUCUUAUAUUUAGAAAAUUAAUGUUACCAGCAUGGUACAUUGGGUAAGUGCAUAGUACAGUAUGCAAAAAAUCAAUGGUUCGGGAUAUGCACAAACCUGCGUAUUAUAAGUGUAUUAUGUAGGUAUUUUUAAGGUUUAAGACCCGUUGAUUCAUGAUAUCUUGAACUUGAAAAGUAGUGCCUAUGGUCAUGUGGACACACUGGUUCAUAGAUUGUUUGACUGCGUUUAGUAACAAUAUGCAGGUCAAAAGUCCCCUUUAUGUGUGGAUUAAUGAAGUAAAGAUAGGUGCUGUGAAAUAGAGGUUAUAUGGCGGUCACAUGUUAAGAAUGAAUGAAGUGACAGUUAAUACAGUCAGUAGGUUCUGAUGGAUUUUAUGUUCAUGUUUUAAAACAGGUCUGAAUGCCCUUUAUAUCUUAACUAGUAGCAAUAUUGGGAUGGGACCCUCCUCCCCUCUUCCCAUUUUUAUCCCCUUUCCACAACUUAAAUCCCCUUUUCACAACUUCAUCCUCUUUUCUCAAUUGAUGGUAUAAAUGAUAACAUCAGAAUAAAUGCAACACUACUUGUUCAUCUGCAAAAACAGAAAAUAUUAGAAGAACUAAAGUAUAAGAUCAAUAGGUAAUCUGUCCUGACUUCACCUCAUCAAUAUUCAUGGUUGUCUAAUAACUGUUGUUUUAAUAGCAAAUAUUGAACACUGCCAUUCGUUUCAAUGGCCUAAUGUGACAUGAAGAUAUUCUAUCGAUGAUGAUACAUGCAUUACUUGGUUGCGUAAUAAUAACAUGCAAAUUCUCAUGUGUAAUAUGUGUGAUUAAUACACACAUCAUAUUUUCUUAUGUGUGAAAAUUACACACAUCACUUAUUCGCAAAUUAUGUGAUAACUACAUGCAAAAAUUGCACAGUUAUGAUUGCAUGGAUUUUUAAUAUCUGUAAUGUAAAUUUUCCAGUUUCCCUGCUAUUUAGAGUGGUAUCCAUUAAGGACUUGUAAUGGUCAUAUAGUCCUACAUGUUCAUGUGAUGAUCAUAGUUCUACAAGGGCUUGUGGUGACUAUUGUCACAGAUGAUAUGUCCAUGUGAUGGUUACUCUCGCAUGUAUUCAUUCAUAUGCCCAACAUUGUGACAUGGUGGUCACUCAUUAUUUUACAUUGAAAAGGUCAACAUGGCCGUUCCAAGGCAAACAAAUGUUACUUAACAAAAAUAUAAAAGCUGUUACGUUGUUUGCUAUGGGACGGCUGAACAUUGAAAGCAUGAUAAAUGUAGGGCUCACCAGAAUAUAUAACAUGGACAUGUGGGACUCACCUUUUAAGGUUCUGCAAUAACUCUGUAUACUUCCACUCAGGAGCAAUACCUGCAAUUUAAGCUGCAAUUUUAGUUUAUAAGUCUUGAAGAGUAUUUGCAAUCAACUCUGAUCUUGUUGAAUUUAAAUAAGCAAGAAUCAUCAUUUGAAUUUGCCAACUUUGUCUUGUAACAUCAGUUAAUGUUUUAAUGGGAAUUUGUCUGUUACUGAUAUUGUUAUAAUGUGUUGAUGUACCAAAAAAAUUGGUAUGUAAAUGUUUUAUGAGAUUAUAAAUUAAAUGUAAAAAUUGAAAUUACUUUUAUAAUAUCCUUGAGUUGAUCAGUGCCAGCAGUAUUGCUUUAUAGAUGAUAAAAUAACCAAAUGCCCUUGAAAAUAUUAUUUUAUUAAUUAAAUAUUAAUAUCAUAAUUAUUUUAGUAGUUUGUAGCAAGAAUUUAAGAAACUGUUCUUCCAAAAGUAUUUAAUAUUAGCUAGUGUCCACCCCAUUGAACAAAAAAAUGCAAAAAUUAGAUGUGAUUUUCCCCUUUGAUUUAUAUGCUCACCGGAUUGAGAGUUCUUGGAUAAUCUGAAAUACCAUACAACAGAAUUUGAAUAAAGAUUUGAAAACUUCA